AUGCUGAGACUGCUGAGACAACAGCUAACAAUUGACUGGUAUGAACAAGAGGACUGUCUUCUCGGUCACAUGGGCCAAGCUCAAGGUAUGGUCGGCGUUAAGGAUCUCGGUACCGCAACACGGCGGGCAGAGUUAUGGUUCCGAUCAACAAUCAUCUUCUCCGCCACGUACCUGUCGUUGUGGGCGCAUAUGCACGAAUGGUCGCAGAAGGAUUGCGCAGGGCAACGUAUCGUUAUCGAGAGGUUGUUUUCUGCAGUGCUGGUCCCGGUAAUCUUGACCGCAAGAGUCCUGAAUCAGUGGAAUAGAAGCAUGACUGUACCUAGGGCGUCUUGGUGUCAACAAAACAGCACUUCCCGGGUUGAGGCGGCGAACUUUGGCAAGUCGUCAUGCUGCUCGACCAACUGCUUGUCAAAGUGGUUGACGAGACUGGCAAUUGUUGGCUUGUCCGUGGUCAACACUCAUUAUGACGGCGGAUAUGUCCCAAGCUUGGACCCUGGGGAUAGCGAUUUUGGCCGAUUCCCCGAGAUGGAUCUGGUCGAGGUAUUCAUGCUUGGGUCUAAGCACUACUUCAGCGCAAAAGGGGUUUACGUCAAAGGCAUAAGGACUAGAUGCCACUGCUGUAUCGUUGGUCGUUGGUUUGUGUGUCUUUGGACUCUAGCUGGAUAUGUGCCUGGAGAGAGGCCUACGACGGCCAUCAGAGGACGAGACCGGGUUUUACUCUCGGGCAAGGACAACAAACUGAGGAGAUACCGAAGGGUAUACGCGGAUUGGAGGAUGGAUAGGCAGGCAAGGCCAGUCAGCUCGGCACUUCAUAAGAAGGCUUUAUCAACCACUAUCGACGCAGCUACCCUGCCUUAUCCUUAUCGCAGCACUCUCGGCUUCCACAUCUGUCACCCACCACUUUCCUGCCUUACCUUUUGUAUCUCCAGGUUGUUCGCCAAUGCAACAGUCACCUUCUCUAUCCUUUCCGGACCGAUCAGCAUCGCGUCAACAGCAGUGAGGUACCUUGCUGUUAAGCAGUUGGCAGGUGUGGUCCAGCGCACGAGAUUCCCACAAGGCCAGCAAGACAGGGGCCAGACGACGGCGCAUCCCGGCUCCCUCUCAUCACAUUGGAUUGGGAUUCACUGGUCGGACAGCCCCGUUGCAGUCUCAUCCCUCUGCCAGUACCAGACCAAACUGCCAGCCCAGUCCAGUCAUCGGUCAAACAAACUAGUCAGACGGAAGACUGAGUUCCCCGGCCCCAUCCACCGUCACCGUCACCGUAUCCUCGCCUUCAAUUCCAAUAUUUCAGCUAGGAAACACACACCAGUGAUCGGAUUACGACACACACCCAUAUACAUGCGCCUGGCAGAGAGGAAAGUACCUGAUCUACCUGCUCUGUUAGACACCUUCCUUACCUUGGAUACCGACGACUCAAGUUGCUAUCCGAGGUACGUCAAUAUCGCGUGGUACAGCAAUACGCUUGCUUCUAUCAUGCUCUCUGCCUCGAUUGCGUAUGUGUGUCUCCAGAUGACACUGGACGAGAAACAAAUGUCAACAAAGUCACUACCAGAAAAACAAAGCCUAGACCAUCCCGUCCUGUCCCGCAUCUGCCUGCACCUGCACCUCCCUACGAGGCCUGUCUGCGCCUGCGUCUGCGCCUGCACCCUGUCCACUGGCCUGUCCUCCACCCAAAUCUUUGUCUCCCUUUCCCCCCCAUUUCCCACUGCAGCUGCCAGUGCCAGUACCUUACCACCCGUCCACCACCCAGGACCACCACCACCACCACGCACCACGCACCACGCACCACACCCCCCAACACAAAUCUGCCCUGCUGUUCCAUUGCUUGCACCCGCGUCGUCGUCAAAUUCCCCCUUCCGACGCAGCUCUUCCUUCUCCAUCUUCCCCGUCUCCGCCAACAAGCUCAACCUCCUCACAACCGACCGCAACUCAAUCCGAUCUUCAUCGCUCGCUCACUUUCUUACUUUCACAUCCAAUACAGACACCAUGGCUGAGAUCCGCCGUAAGCUCGUCAUCGUCGGCGACGGUGCCUGCGGUAAAACCUGCUUGUUGAUCGAUAACCAAUCCUGCAUCUUCAAUAGUGUCUUCUCCAAGGGUACCUUCCCUGAGCCAACCGAUGCUACACCCGCCUUUCAAGAAUCCGUCUACGUUCCCACCGUUUUCGAGAACUACGUCGCCGAUGUCGAGGUUGAUGGCAAGCACGUCGAGCUGGCCCUUUGGGAUACGGCUGGCCAGGAAGAUUACGACCGUCUCCGUCCCCUUUCUUACCCCGACUCCCACGUCAUCCUGAUCUGCUUCGCCGUCGACUCCCCUGACUCCCUGGACAACGUUCAGGAGAAGUGGAUCUCUGAGGUCCUGCAUUUCUGCCAGGGUCUGCCCAUCAUUCUUGUCGGUUGCAAGAAGGAUCUCCGCUACGACUCCAAGACGAUUGAGGAGCUGCGUAAGACCAGCCAAAAGCCCGUCUCCCCUGAAGAGGGUGAGGAAGUCCGCAAGAAGAUCGGUGCCUACAAGUACCUCGAGUGCUCCGCCAAGACGAACGAGGGUGUCCGCGAGGUUUUCGAGCACGCCACGCGCGCUGCUCUGCUCUCCCGCAGCCGGAGCAGCGGCAAGAAGCACAAGGUUUUUGGUGGCGGUUUGGAAGGCGGGGGCAAUAUUUGCCUGCAUAGGUUCUCGGAAUUUGGAGUUUUGCUCAACAUUGUGUCUCAUAACCCACCUGGCACCACAUCGAUCGGCGUGUCACCGUAUCUGCUAGCCACAAUCCCCACGAGAAGAAGCUGCGAGGAAAAGGAUUUCUACAACGGAUGUCUCUCACGGUCUCGGGGGAGGAAAGGGCUUGUUGGCUGGCGCGGCCGGCAGCUGCUGGGUGACGAUGGACAGUCUUUGAUAACUCAAAUCGCCUCUGACCGUCCAUUGCUAUUCAUGUUGAUUAUCCUCUGGUCCCUCUACAGCAUCGUCAUCGCCGUCAUUCUCACGUGUCAGGGGGUAUAG